GCGCGCUUUUGACACAAUUCCAACGACUGCACUCGGACUCUGAAUGAGCUUGGAAUCUUCCAAACGACACGCUGAACCUUCAAACUGUUGCUAGAUGUGCAUAUUGUAUGUGCAGACCCGCUGUUCGCGUGGCGACGACUUGGAACCAAAAAAUCCUCCGCCAUGCCUUUUCGUCUUUCCCCUCGGCGCGCCUACCACAGAAAAAAGACAAUAAAGUGACCAACUAUCUCCAUCACCUCCUCGCUGCCAGCAGGGAUCCGCUCUGGCGCGUGGUUCUUUCAUUGGACAAGCCCCUUCGCGUGUCGCUGUUUGAGGCUUUGGACGACGAGGUUAUCAAAAUGCAGGACUUUACGCACUGGCGUACGCGCGUCUACUCUUCCGAUAUUCAGGACGCAUUCGAGACUGCACCGGUGGUCUCGCCCUCGAGUUAUCCUCCUUGGCUUGCACUCUACCUUGCAGCUUUCAAAGUGCGCAGCUCCCAUCACGCGUCUGGUCCCUUGGUGGACCUGAGCUUGAGUCUGCAUCCCACCAACAUCGCGGAGCGACGGGUCCUGUCUUCUACCGUCCAGGCUUCGAUCCUCGUCAUCACGAUGAUGCAUCUGUGUCGAUUUUCACUCGUGGCGCCAAUGCACAACGUUCUCGAUGCGUUCUUGCAAGUGCCGCUUGCCCAGGAUCAGGACUUUCCGUCCCUUCACUUCAACCACCUACUUCUCGCUAUGGCAUCUAUUCCGCAGCGGUCGCACGACAUGGGCGGCAAGACCGUGCAAAUCCUGCAGGCCAUGGAGGCUAGGCAACUGAAGCUGUGGCCCAAAACCUACAAAGCGCUGUUGGAAGACAGAUAUGUUGCAUUGCGGCUCACAAGCUACCUCCGACGCCAGCAGACACAGCUGGGCAUCGUGCCCGAUGCAGCACAGCUGGAAUCGUAUCUGCGCAUCUACGCGCAGGACGGUGCGAUCCACCAUGUUGGGCAAUAUGCCAAGGCUGUCCGGGGCCACCGCGCCGAGCACGAUGCGAACGUCAUGGUCGUGCAGAACAAACCCUCCAGUGCCUCGGCGUUCCAGUUUCUGGCGAACCUGGCUCAGAAGCAACUUCCGGACCGUCAAUUGCUCACGACCCGCAAGAAAGCAGUCGAUGCCGCUGACUUCACCGCGGCCCUUUCCGUCGCUGCUCGGGAUCCGAGGAUUGACACGCGAAGAUUCAAGCGGUUGUUCCAGCAGCGGAGACCAAAAGCUGCGGAAUUCCAACCCACGUUAGCCAUGCACACUGUGUUUAUCCAAGGAUUGCUGGACAGACGCGAAUGGCGACAAGCUUAUAUGCACUGGACGAAGGUCACUCGGUCUGGCUUACCUGUGGAUGAAGUGGCUCUGGGCGUCGGUUUGCAGGCAGCCACUCUCUCUGGACAACCGGGCGAAGCUUUUGCAUUGCUGGAACUUCAUGCUGCUCGGGCAGAUGCCGCGUUUCCUGCGACACACCAGUCUCGCAAACCAGUUCACGUGUCGAUAGGGCUGGUGAACAUCUUCAUGCGUAGCUUGCAUUCCAUCUUGCGUCCUGAUCUGGUCUUUCGACUUUGGGACUGGAUGGACAGCUUGUACUACCUACGACCGUCGCCCGAGACGUUGCGGAUCAUGCUGGCGGCUGCCGAGCUUCCCUACGUAUUGGACGACUCGGUGAAGGGUCAGAUUGCCCAUCUGGCUCUGCGGAAUCCCUUCCGUCACUCUCAUACACCGCUCGCCACUCGCCAGCAGCACAUCGAGACGCUCAUACAGCAGUCAUCCGAACCCUAUCGAUCCGGCAUCUGGCGCGAUCGACCGGCUGCGCAUACCGCCAACCACAUGUUCCUGCAAGCUCUUUUCGGGGACGCGAGUCGUCGCCCCGUUGCGAAUAUGCCCCCGCCUGCUUUCGCCGUCCGACCCCACGCAGAAAGCGACAGCGCAGCAUUGAGACUGCGACUGGACAUGCCGCCCUCCUCAUUUGUAUUGCCGAUGGACAUCUCCACUCCCGAAGGAAAGACUUGGUUCCCGGAGCUCGUUGUCGGCGAGCGCGAGUUUGCCUCGUAUAUCAUGUUCCUUGGGAUGAACCGCCGGGCCCCCGAAAUCGCGCGUGCCCUCGGUUGGAUGCGAGCGCUCGAUAUCAAGCCGAGCGAACGCACCCUGGGUACGGCGCUGGCGUUUUGGAGCGAAGUCAGUGUCCAGCCGCCGCUCGUUGCUGCCAUCGCCGGCAAGAACGCGGACCAGUUUCUGGCACUUAUGGGAUGGUUGCGAGAAUGGUGUGGCGCUGAGCUGGUUCCGGAUGAGCAGACCGUGGGAUGGUGGAGAGCCAAAAUUGACAAGAUCAGGGCGCAGAGAAGACAGAUGGCGAAAACUGGGCGGUUUGUUGAUGAGGAGUCCAUCUGGAAAAUGUAGCAUGUAUGUACCAAUCUAAUAUAAACGUAGGCGCUAAUAGCAAUAGGCCCAAUCCUCUGUAGUAAUGUCUCUUACUUACAGCCACUGCUUAUGUCACUGCGAAGUGGCCCUGACUUGUACAAAAGAGGACCCUUGCAUCGGACAUUUUAUUCCUACUCUGUUACUAGUGGGUCAAGUGAACCGCAACUACAGAUCUUCGCGGAUAUUCCGAGCAUACCAUAGUCGUGUAAGACUCUCAGUCCUUCUGUUUGUCGAAUAAAGCUCUGUCCCGGACCUGCAAAGCGACAGGAUCGCUCAUGCCCGACGAGACCGUAAGCAGCCAGGCGAGCACGCUGUUUUCCGCAGGGCCUUCCGUUGGAUAUCGGACGAGGAACGCAGAGACGGAUUCGGUGAACCGACGUUGGAUUUCGGGGGGAACCGCCACAUCUGGCCACGAUCUCGACGUGUCAAAGUCGGAAUCGAAGCGACUGAUGAUGCAUGUGAGGGUAUCGAAGUCGAGCUCAAGCUCCGCUUCAUCUGGAUUCUUGACACACUGUUCGAGGAAGGUGGUCACAACACCGAGCGCGGCGCAGCAGCGAAUGAAGUCGGCAACAGAGUUGGUUUCUUCCCGGGGGACUGCCGUCUCGACCCACUUCGCGUCGUCAUCGACGUGGAGCGCGGUUCGGAACCAGUCCUCGUCCUCGAAGAUGUCCAACCCUCGAGCUGAUUCCCAAAUGCUCUCCGGCACACAGCAAACUGCAACAGUCUGAACCAACGCAAUUGCAUGAUGACGGCGAACAGAUGCUGCUUGAGCCCCGUAAUUCCGGACGGCCCAAAGCGUCAACAAAUGGGCAUCGAGGUCUUCCGAGGACUCUGCAUAGAAUUUUUUAUCGUUCAGAUGGUGAUAUAUCAGCCGGAGGGAGUCGAUUGUGGCUUGUGGUUCCCGUCCGUGCUCCGAAUUGAGAAUCAGACAUUCGCACAGGUAUCUGAUGUACUGUUCCUCCACACGGGGCUCCCAGAGUGAGUCUGGUGUGUAGCGGGCGAUGGAAGGAUGGUCGACGAUGAACGAGGCGAGAUUAUUCGGAGCGUGGAACUCGAUGUCAGUUCUCGAUCGAGGCGAUGUCACAGCAAGCGCGCAGAUCAACUGGCGGACAGCAAAGAUGCGAUUGCUCGUUGUUCCUUCCGCCUGUGAUCCGAGCAUCGUUUCGAGGGCCUCGACCAUGACGCGGUCGAACUUCCCGGCCAGCAAGGGGACAGCGUUCAAGGUAUAAAAGAGCGCAUUCGUCCGUUCCCGCUGGAAGCUGUCACGGGUUUCAGAGAGAUGGAUCAGAUACUGCCCGUAUGCCCAUCGUUUCUCCUCUUCGCAAGUGCUCUGGGUAGUCGCCGAAAAGAACGUGGGCGUGAAAAUACGAUCCUUCUCCGUGCGGAUGGAUUUGAUGGCCAGGCGACCGAGCG